AUGCCAAUGCCAGGCCAGACAACCCAGAGCAGAGACACAGGCAACAUGGCAGACCACCUCGAAGCCCAGACACGACCACCACACAUGUCAAACCAGGCCUGCGUGUCCUGCAUGAGACACAGAUUUAAAGACAACUAUCACAAUCCUCUGGCUUCUACAAGACAAUUUCUUGGAUGUAUAAACCAUAAAAAAAUCCAGGCCACUAAUAGAAACUGUGAAGUGACUGCUGAUGUGAGACAUGAUGGGUCUGAACCACUUGUAGAUGUUAUGUUUGCUGAUGGAGAGCGAUUGAUAAUGAAGGGAGCCAACUUGACAACAAUAGAAAUGUUAACAGCAUUGGGGUCCAGAUGUAAUGCAAAAGAGCUUAAGGAAGAACAGAAAAGCAAGAAGAAGAGUCCUUGA